AUGGGGAAUUUGACAUCGCAACCCAUUUAUCUCGCUCUUCAAGAGCUGUUGCACUCUAAAGGGCUGAAGCUAGAAAAGGGGCAGGAGGUGUUAGAACAGCUGAAGGAGGAGUGCUCAAUGAUAUCAGAAAAGGACAGUUCUGAAGAGAGUAGUUCAGAAUCGGAAGAGGAACUAGAAUUGCUAGUGAAGAAAAUGGAGAGGUCAUCUUUGUGGACGCGCUCUGAGUCCUGUGAGGUGGAGCCUACUGCUCCAGGACUGCCCCCUCCUCCAUAUAACGUAACUUCCUCUCCCAGCAGCUCCGGGGGGGGGGGGCAGUCCUUUUGCCCCGAGGUAUGGAAAGAAGUGAGACAUGAGUUGUGUUAUCCUGUCUUUCAGAAUAACGAGGAGCAGCGCUAUCAUGAGCCCCUUGAUUUCAAAACAAUUAAAGCGCUUGCUGAGUCUGUCCGCACUUAUGGGGUAACCUCAGCUUUUACAACAGCACAGGUUGAAGCUCUUAAUCACCAUUGCAUGACUCCAAGCAACUGGAUGAGCUUGGUGCGAACUUCUUUAUCCCCUGGACAAUAUUUAGAUUGGAAAGCCUUUUUAAUAGAAUAUGCCAAUGAGCAGGCUGCUGUCAAUCGUGCAGUAGAAAACGCAGCCUGGGAUGUGGACAUGCUCCUGAGGCCAGGCCGAUUCGCUCAGCAACAGAUAGGAUAUCUGUUACAGGUCUUCCAGCAAAUUAAUAAUAUAACAACUCGAGCCUGGAAAUCAUUGCCCAAUAAAGGAGAAGUGAGUGGCAAUCUUACUAAGAUCAUUCAAGGCCCCAUGGAACCAUUUUCCGACUUUGUUGCCAGAAUGGUUGAGGCAGCUGGAAGGAUAUUUGGAGAUCCCGACCUGGCCAUGCCCUUGAUAAAACACCUUGUCUUUGAACAAUGCACAAAAGAAUGUAAGGCGGCAAUCACUCCCUAUAAAAACAAAGGAUUAGAGGCCUGGAUGAAGGUAUGCAGGAAGCUAGGUGGACCCUUGACCAAUGCGGGUCUCACGGCCGAGGACACGAAACUUAAGCAAGCCCGGAAGGGAAGUAAAGGAACUUGCUUCUGCUGUGGAAAGAUGGGGCACCUUAAAAGGCAAUGCCCUGAAAGCAGAAGCCGGCAUGAGCCAGGAACUGGGAACCACCCAAAGCAACCUGGUCUCUGCCCAGAAUGUAAAAAGGGGAACCAUUGGGCCAAUGAGUGUAGAUCAGUAAAAGAUAUCCAUGGUCAGCCUCUGACACAGCAAUAUGGAGGAGCCCAUCUAAAAAAUGGGCAGAGGGUCCCCUGA